GUGGAUGCGAAUUUUAUUGGAAUAGAUCGUAUGUUGCCCGAUUCUUUUCGAGGACGCCGAACCCGCAGUAUCCAUUGGCUGUGGCUGUGCGGAUUCUUUUAUCUGGUUCGGUGGGCCACCUGGGUCUCAAUGUCCCAAUGGUGCCGGCGGUACUGCUAAAUUAGACCAAGGAGUUUGUCUGUCUGUACUGGGUUUGGAUCAAAAACUGGCAGAUUAUGUACAGACACAGAAUGGUGUUGCUGGUAACUGUUAUCUAUUGCCACCUACUACUGCUAGCUGGAAGCAGUACAGGAAGUAAACCAAAAUUCAUCAAGAUACCUACAGAUGAAAUUGGUGUUUCGGGUGGUGUAGCAUCUUUUGUAUGCCAGGCAACGGGAGACCCCAAACCUCGUGUAACAUGGAAUAAGAGGGGUAAAAAAGUUAACUCUCAGCGAUUUGAGACUAUAGAGUUUGAUGAGGGAGCUGGGGCAGUCCUGCGAAUUCAGCCUCUUCGAACGCCGAGAGAUGAGAAUGUAUAUGAAUGUGUUGCUCAGAAUGUACAUGGUGAAGAGGUCGUUAGCGCCAAGCUUACUGUACUUAGAGAGGAUCAGCUCCCUUCUGGCUUUCCAAACAUUGAUAUGGGCCCUCAGUUGAAGGUAGUCGAACGUACAAGAACAGCCACAAUGCUGUGUGCUGCAAGUGGAAACCCUGAUCCUGAAAUAACUUGGUUUAAAGACUUUCUUCCAGUUGAUCCUGCCAGCAGUAAUGGGCGAAUAAAACAACUACGAUCAGGUGCAUUACAGAUUGAGAACAGUGAGGAGACAGAUCAGGGGAAGUACGAAUGUGUGGCUACCAACAGUGCUGGAGUUCGCUAUUCUUCACCUGCUAAUCUUUACGUGAGAGUUCGUCGUGUAGCUCCACGGUUUUCCAUUCUUCCUGUAAGCCAUGAGAUUAUGCCAGGUGGAAAUGUUAACAUUACAUGUGUUGCGGUGGGUUCGCCCAUGCCAUACGUGAAAUGGAUGGUGGGUGCUGAAGACUUAACACCAGAAGAUGAUAUGCCAGUGGGGCGAAAUGUUUUGGAACUCACUAAUGUAAAGGAAUCUGCCAAUUAUACUUGUGUUGCAAUGUCAAGCCUUGGUGUCAUUGAAUCCGUAGCUCAGAUCACAGUAAAAUCUCUUCCUAAAGCACCAGGAACUCCAGUAGUGACAGAAACCACUGCUACCAGCAUCACGGUAACCUGGGACUCUGGAAACCCUGAUCCUGUGUCCUAUUAUGUCAUAGAAUAUAAGUCCAAAAGCCAGGAUGGACCUUACCAGAUUAAAGAGGACAUUACUACAACAAGAUACAGUAUUGGCGGACUUAGUCCAAACUCAGAAUAUGAAAUUUGGGUGUCCGCAGUUAACUCCAUUGGUCAGGGGCCCCCAAGUGAGCCAGUAGUGACUCGAACUGGAGAGCAGGCUCCUGCCAGUGCACCACGAAAUGUCCAAGCCCGAAUGCUGAGCUCCACUACCAUGAUAAUACAGUGGGAGGAACCAGUGGAGCCAAAUGGACAAAUUAGGGGUUAUCGAGUUUACUAUACUAUGGAGCCUGAUCAGCCUGUCAGCAGUUGGCUUAAAUAUAAUGUGGAUGAUAGCCUACUGACCACUAUAGGAAGCUUACUUGAACAUGAAACUUACACAGUUCGAGUUUUAGCGUUUACCUCUGUUGGUGAUGGUCCUCUUUCUGAUCCUAUUCAAGUCAAAACCCAACAAGGAGUCCCAGGUCAGCCUAUGAAUUUCAGAGCUGAAGCUAAAUCUGAGACCAGCAUUGGCCUUACCUGGAGCCCUCCUCGUCAGGACAGCAUUGUAAAGUAUGAACUUAAUUACAGAGAAGGAGAAGGAGGCAAUGAGAUCAGGAAGACUUUUGAUCCCGCAACUUCUUACACAGUUGAGGGCUUGAAACCCAACACAGAGUAUUUAUUUCGUCUUGCUGCCCGUUCUUCACAUGGCCUUGGAGCCUGGACUUUGGAUAUCAAAGAAAGAACCAUGCAAUCCAAACCGUCUGCCCCCCCUCGAAAUGUAAAGUGUGUCAGCUCGAAGUCAACCACAAUACUGGUAAGUUGGCUACCACCUCCAGCUGAAAGUCAGAAUGGUGUUCUGGCUGGAUACAGUGUUCGCUACUCUGCUUUGGAUUCUGACGACACCAGACCCAAAGAAGUAAAGGACAUCCCCCCACAAACCAC